UCCCCUCCCAAUCAUGUGAUUCAGGUGUUCCGAUCCCCUCCCAAUCAUGUGAUUCAGGUGUUCCGAUCCCCUCCCAAUCAUGUGAUUCAGGUGUUCCAAUCCCCUCCAUAUCAUGUGAUUCAGGUGUUCCGAUCCCCUCCCAAUCAUGUGAUUCAGGUGUUUCGAUCCCCUCCCAAUCAUGUGAUUCAGGUGUUCCAAAUCCCUCCCAAUCAUGUGAUUCAGGUGUUCCAAAUCCCUCCAAAUCAUGUGAUUCAGGUGUUCCAAAUCCCUCCAAAUCAUGUGAUUCAGGUGUUCCGAUCCCCUCCAUAUCAUGUGAUUCAGGUGUUCCAAUCCCCUCCCAAUCAUGUGAUUCAGGUGUUCCAAUCCCCUCCCAAUCAUGUGAUUCAGGUGUUCCAAUCCCCUCCCAAUCAUGUGAUUCAGGUGUUCCAAUCCCCUCCCAAUCAUGUGAUUCAGGUGUUCCAAUCCCCUCCCAAUCAUGUGAUUCAGGUGUUCCAAUCCCCUCCCAAUCAUGUGAUUCAGGCGUUCCAAUCCCCUCCCAAUCAUGUGAUUCAGGUGUUCCAAUCCCCUCCCAAUCAUGUGAUUCAGGCGUUCCAAUCCCCUCCCAAUCAUGUGAUUCAGGCGUUCCAAUCCCCUCCAUAUCAUGUGAUUCAGGUGUUCCAAUCCCCUCCCAAUCAUAGUCAAUAGCUAAAGACCUCCAAACUUGGUGUGGCCUUCAGAUGAGCCCAACAACAGUGCAUAGAGAGCUUCAUGGAAUGGGUUUCCAUGGC